AUGGACUCCGACCUCGACACCCUCAUCGACACUGCUGGUGCCAAGAGGAGCAAACGCCCUAGGGCGGGGUUGCUGAAGACCGGCCAGCUGAGCAAAGGCUCUAAGAGGUCCAAGAAAACACCUCCCCUUGCUCCGCCGGUUCCGAGCUCUGUUGCUGCGUCGACUACUCAGGCCAGCGCUUCCACGACGGCGCCAUCCUCGCAGGCCGUCGCCUCUGCGGUGGCACCGACUUCGCUGGUUGGUGCCCCCAUCAUGGUUGAGCCCCAACCUCCUAUGGUGGGUCAAUCAUCCUCUGCUCCGCUUUCCAAAAGGCCUUUUUCUUCCCGAGUUCAGAAGCUAUCAAUCUCCACCCAUAUGGACACAUAUGCGAUGAACAAUGCUGCUGGGUCUCAUGGAUCCACGCUGGUCUCAGAUGUCAUGUCCUGGAUCGGCCAGAGCUAUGGCAGCCUUGAAGUUUCUCAGUGGCAGUGCUUAAAUGAUACCCGAGACUGCAUUGCUCUUUAUGAGAAGAGUAUCGAGCACACUGCCACGCCUACACAAGAAGGAUAUUGGAAGCAUGAAGCGUAUUUGUUGUUUCCAGUUCAUUUGGAUGGAACAUUGUUGGACAAUGCUAACACCAUGAAAGCUAAAAAUGAGUUAUUCUCAACCACCGAUGUUCUUCAUAUAUUUCGACAGCUUUGUGCAAGACUCGAGCACAUGCACAAUUUAGAUCCACCAUAUGCUCAUAAUGAUGUCAAGCCUGGUAAUGUCCUCAUAACUCAUGGGAAAGGACAACCACCACUAGCCAUAUUGAUGGAUUUUGGCAGUGCUCGACCUGCAAGGAGGCAUAUUCAAUCUCGUUCAAAGGCACUACAAUUGCAGGAAUGGGCAUCUGAGCAUUGUUCAGCACCUUUUCGAGCUCCUGAGUUGUGGGAUUGUCCAAGUAAUGCAGAUAUCGAUGAGAGAACUGAUAUUUGGUCAUUAGGAUGCACUUUAUAUGCGAUAAUGUGAGAAUUCAUCCUUUGGUUUUUUUUCAUGUUUAUAACGUUUUUCAUCUCUUUGUUUGAUUCCUUCCUGUCUCACUUUUUUCCCCACAUUUAUUUACUUAUCUUGAAUUGUGAAACUACUUAUUUGUUUCUGUACAUAUCCGCAUAUGUGAAAAACUAAUUAGGAGAGCUUACAUUAGUACAUUUUCUUGAUAUGGUACCUGUCAUGUAGAUACAGAAAGUGAAUGCACUUUAUAAGAUCCCUGGUCAGUAACUCAAAUUCCUUUUUCUAAAAGCUUUCCAACUUUACUCCUUUGGCCUAUUGUAGUCUCAGGUUAUACAGAUUUACAGACUUUGUGUUGUAAAUUUUCUGUUUUAUAAUUUAUA